AUGAUCAUCGAAGCAUUUGGAUCUGAACAUGUUGAGCGUGAACUUGAUCAAUGGUUCAUGGCGCCAUACUCGCAAGAUCCCACACUCAUCCAUUCCGAGCUCGAACAAAGGCUCAACUACCUCCUCUCAAUGCCAAACAAGUCCACAUCGACCCUCCUACUCAAUCACAAAAAAUACCUUUUAAAGUUCAUCUGUACUUCUUUGAAACAGUGUAGCUUGACCAAGUUGAAGAUGUUCAAUAACAACAUGUCCAAAGUACUGACAGUUGUGUUGAUGGAUGAUGAGGAUCAUGUUGUCAAAAGUCAAUCAUUGAUUGAUCUCCUGAAGGAUGGACAAAGUAGAUAUGGAGUAGAUGCAUACAAUGUCUACUUUAGAGAGCUUCAUACACACAUCAGACCAAUUGACUCUUUACUUCCAUUAUAUGAACUACUAAAUGCCAACAACAAAUCCUCAGUUAUCACACUCUUUGGAUCAUCAUUCCAACAACAUUACAAUAGAUAUGAAUCAUCAAUCAUUAGUUUGUUGAAGGAUACCAAGAGCCUUGUGCUCCUCAAUGGAAUAUUCAAAUGCUUUGGUACUCGUAAUGCAAAUGAUCACAUGGACAUUUUCAAACCAAUCUUGGAUCGCUUAAAGAUGAUUGAUUCAUCAAUCAAUAUCAACAACAUUGAUCACUCAAUUCAAUGUGAUGGUUUUGGAUGGGGAUUGCUCAGCCUCAUUGACCUGCUCGAGACUAAUGACGUCCUCCUUUGCAAGAGUGACUAUCCAAUCGACAAAUACAUGGACAUUGCCAUUGCUGCUCUAUUGGUGGCGUCAGAGCCCUUUGCCACACAGAGUGAUGAGGACCAGUUCAUUGAGCAACAUCGACCAUCAUUGGAGAGAUACAUCAGGCUCUAUAGUAAUCAGAUAGUCAACAACUUCACACCAAUCUCAUUCCUCAAUGCACUUGCUCGUCAUUCAAUGUUGGAUGGUGAACUCAUCACUAAUCUCAUUCGUAAUGGUGGAGGUCGCAACCGUACUCUUCAACAACCUCGACAUCUCGGUAUCUUCCUCAACUCAUGUCGUCCGGACCCUGUGGGGGCAUGGAUCAAGUACAUUGAUAGGGAGAUCUCCUCCACCUAUUCUGGAGAUUUAGAGAUACAUACUAUUCCCAUACUACUCUACAAUGAGAUUGUCAACGAUUGUCCGCAUGUUGGGUCGCGGUUCCACAUUCUCAAGUAUCUUCAGAGCAUCAAACUGUUCACACCAAAGUAUAUACCAACAUACAUCUACAAGACUACAUUGCUGGAUGAAAUCAUUGGCAUCUAUUUAUAA